UAAGGUUUGAAUGCGCGAACUCCUUAUAAAAUCUGAAACAUCGCGGGAGCGACAAAUCUUAUUUAUUGUAAGGAGAAUAUUUGAGUUGUGCGGUUGAUAAGUUUUUUUGUGUCGUUACAUAUUAGCUAUUUUUAAAAUGUCUGCAUCACCCAUGGCUAGACAAGCGGUUGAAAGUAAGGCGAUUCCAAUUAGGAGAGUGUUAAUUAAUGAUCAUUCCGAGUUACCUGCACAUUAUUCCUCAACUCCCGGUGGAACUCUCUUUUCGACUACACCUGGAGAAACAAGAUAA